CAUUUUGCUGUCACUCCCAACUUGUGCCAUAGCAUAAGUGACGCAAAAAAUUAGCGGUGAGGAGAUAAGCCUUGUAUGCACAUUAAGCGAAAUGAUAACUGCUAAAAGUGCGCGUAAGUGAUGUCAUUUCACAUACGGUACACUUGCCAGAGCGAUAGUCGAAGAGAUAGCCAAAGAGAUAGCCUCACCCUUACCAAAAAGUAAAAUAAAAAAAAAUAAAAAUAAAUAAAGUGAAAGGAAUGUAUACCCCCAAUAGUGGGAAUAAACAAACUGGAAAAAGGAGAAAGAUUCAAGUGCACAAACUGGGGAAAGCAAAAUAAAGGCGGCCGAGCAUACCCAACACGGCACAGUUGUGUGAGCGGAACUCGCUGAACGCGCCGCUUUCGAGAUUGUUGCAGAGGGCUCAGAAAGGACGAUCAAGCGGGUGCCCAGCGGAGGGACAACCAAAUGGCUAGGCAACUGAAUGACCAAACGAACUGAUGCGUACGCAAAGGUUAAGAAGCGCAUAUUACACACCUAUACGUAAGAAGCCAUUUUUGAACCUCCAAACUGGGUCUCCCCUGGUGAGCCGCCCCCACCAAAAUGGAGUUAAACAAGUUGUGCUCCUUCCUUUUAAGGGGAAACAUAAGCCACUGUGAAAACGCGCCAACAGGUGAAAAUGCGCCAAAAGGUGAGAACGCGCAAACAGGUGAAAAUGCGCCAAAAAGUGAGAACCCACCAAAAAGUGAACACUCGCAGGCCCUCUUCCAAGACGCCAGUGGAGGGAAGAACAACGACUCCAUUCUUGACGUGAUAAAAAAAAUACCCAUAAACCCAUUCAUCGAUAGCAAUGAAGAUUUAAAUAAGUAUAAAUACGGAGUGGAGAAAAAAAAAAUUCAAAGAUACACCGGUGUUCAAGUGUACGAAGAGGAAGAUAAAGAUCACAAAAAAAACCAACCAGUAGAUUACCCAUUUCCUGUUAGCAAAAGUGUUGUUUUCGAAAAGAACAAAGUAAACAAAUCGGAGGAUCGCAUAAACAUAAAUUAUAGUAACAUAGCCAGUGACUUAUACCCAGAGGAAGGAUUUAAGACGCCAAACAGAAAAAAGCACUUCUCCUCAGACUGGGAAAUGCUCCUAGCACAUAAUCAUGGGCUGUACAAUUUUAAAAACACAGACCAUAAUACCAUUGUUAACAAAGACAUGUAUGCUUUAAACACCGAAAAUGACAUACGGAAUAAACUAAAUUUGUACGUGGAAAGAAUAAAUGUUGAUAACCCUAAUGACGCUUGCAAGUAUUUGGCCAUAGAGGAGUAUAAAUGCUUGUUAACUCAUUCCUUUCAUAUGAACCCCGAUGUCAGCAACCAAAAGUGUGUUAAGUGGUUUAAUGAAUACAUGCAGUGCAAGUGGGACGAGCACAAGCUAAAUUAUGGCUACAACUACAUUGAAAAUAGGAGAAAUAAAAAGUCCAAGGCGUAUAUUGCGGCCCCCGAUUAUCAGUACUCCUAAAGGGGGCAUUACGCAGGGGCAGCAAAAGUAACCAUUUUUUUUUUCUUUCCACACACGGUGCUAGUUUCUUAAUGUGCAAGCCGUUUCUUUCGUCUAAAAUAGCACCGAAUGAGCGUCCCAUGUUGACCCGUCUUUUCUCCAUGCUGAACGAACAAAACCCCGCUGAGCAGCGCUGCUUGCACAUUCUCAUAUGUGCUCGCCCAGGUGGAUACACAUAAAGAAGCAUGCCCCCUCGCAUUUUGAUCGUCACAAGGAAUGAUAACUUGUGCAGAUUAGUCAACAGGAACACGCGUUGCAAUCCGGAUGGUUUCCACGGAAUAGUAGCUAAUGUGGAGGGGGGGAAUAAGGGUAAGGAACAACACCAGCGUGAUGUACAAAAUUGUGUGCCCAUUGCACGGGUAGCCAUUUUGCGACAGUGUUAUUUUUUUUUUUUUUUUUUUUUUUU